GAAUCCAUUAUAAAAAAAACACUUACGUUUUUUUUUCUUUCCCUGAUUAUUGAAUUGUUGUCUUUUUCUCUCUCUCCCCCUCCCUUCGUUUACUCUCUCUCUCUUUCUUUCUCAAAUUAAUUGCAGGAAGAUGACCACCUCCUCCACAACUUCUCGCAAGACACUAAGCAAAAUAGCAAGUAAUAGACUUCAAAAAGAACUCGCUGAGUGGCAGCUUAAUCCUCCUACUGGUUUCAAGCAUAAAGUCACUGAUAAUCUUCAAAGGUGGAUAAUUGAAGUAAAUGGAGCACCAGGAACAUUGUAUGUAAAUGAGACAUACCAACUUCAAGUUGAUUUUCCUGAACAUUAUCCCAUGGAAGCUCCUCAGGUGAUAUUUUUGCCCCCGGCGCCGAUUCAUCCUCAUAUAUAUAGUAAUGGCCAUAUUUGCUUAGAUAUUCUGUAUGAUUCGUGGUCCCCAGCUAUGACAGUGAGUUCUAUUUGCAUUAGCAUUCUUUCAAUGCUAUCGAGCUCUACAGUGAAGGAACGGCCUGAAGAUAAUGAUCGUUAUGUGAAGAAUUGUAGAAAUGGACGAUCCCCAAAGGAGACCAGGUGGUGGUUCCAUGAUGACAAAGUAUGAAGUUUUAAACAAAUCUCUGUCACACUUGUUCAUGACUUCAGAUUAGUCUCCUAACUCUUAUAAAGAUUUAAAUGAAAGAGUAAAACCAUAUUGAAAGAGAGCUGUGUUGACAACCAGAUUGUUGUUGUCCUUCUGUUUGAUUGUAAAUCGGGAAGGCUUUAGUUUUGUAUAGAAGGAAAGAACCUUGUGCUACUUCAUAAUGUGUCACGGUAAAUGAAGCUGGGUUGUCCAUGGGUGGUUUGAGGAUGCUGAGAUACUUGAAUUGUAUGCUCGUAUGAAUAAACCACCCCCUCCCUCUCUAAAAAAAAUAGAGAAAAUGGCUCCACUCGUAUACUCACUUAAGAGAGUGCAAUAUGUUAUAGUUCUUGUCUCUAUAUCCACUGUUGUUUAUUUGGCUUGACACUUCAUUGAUGGUAUGAUGAAGUAUAUAUAUUAUCAUGAUACUAUAAUUUGUA